CGGGUUCUCCUCAUCCCCCUCCCGCCUGGGCCCCGCGGCCCGCGCCGCCCUCUGCACCGCGUCGGGCCCGCAGCCUGCCCGGCCUGGUUCUCGGGCCCGAAAGCGACCGUGAGGCGGUCCCGACCUCUCGGUGCGGCCGCUGCCUCGGCCUUGGGUGCGGGCACGCCCCGGGGCCGGAGUCCUGGAGCCCUGCUGUACUGGAUGCUAUGAGUUGCUAAAAGUGAGCCUGGCUUUUUAGCUGCCUUGGGUGCUGAGAGGGAGUCCCAGAACCAUGCCGGAUCUCCUACUACUGGGCCUGAUUGGGGGCCUGACUCUGCUGUUGCUGCUGACGCUGCUGGCCUUUGCUGGGUAUUCAGGACUGCUGACUGGGGUGACAGUGAGUGCUGGAUCACCCCCAAUCCGUAACAUCACUGUGGCCUACAAGUUCCAUGUGGGGUCCUAUGGUGACACUGGACAGCUUUUCACGGAGAGCUGCAGCAUCUCUCCCAAGCUACGUUCCAUCGCUGUCUACUAUGACAACCCCCACACGGUGCCUCCUGAGAAGUGCCGGUGUGCUGUAGGCAGCAUCCUGAGUGAGGGAGAGGAGUCACCCUCGCCUGAGCUCAUCCACCUCUAUCAGAAAUUUGGCUUCAAGGUCUUCUCCUUUCCAGCACCCAGCCAUGUGGUAACAGCCACCUUCCCCUACACCACCCCCAUAUCCAUCUGGCUGGCUGUCCGCCGAGUCCAUCCUGCUUUGGAUACCUAUAUCAAGGAGCGGAAGCUGUGUGCUCACCCUCGGCUGGAGAUCUACCUGCAAGACCAGAUCCAUUUCAUGUGCCCACUGGCACGGCAAGGAGAUUUCUAUGUGCCAGAGGUGAAGGAGACAGAGCGGAAAUGCCGGGGGCUUGCAGAGGCCAGUGACAGCCAGAUGGAUGGCACAGGUACCAAAGGAGCUGACACAAGUGAUGCAAGUUCUGUAAGCCUGGAGGUGCGCCCUGGCAGCCGGGAGACAUCAGCCACCACACUUUCUCCUGGGGCAAGCAACCGUGGCUGGGAUGAUGGUGACAACCGCAGCGAGCACAGCUACAGUGAAUCGGGUGCCAGCGGCUCAUCUUUUGAGGAGCUGGACCUGGAGGGUGAGGGGCCCUUGGGGGAACCUCGACUGAGCCCUGAAGCCAAGCUUCUGGGGGUUACCCGGGAGCUCAGCACCCCUGAGAGGGAUGAGGAGUAACCACAAGCCCUCGGCCCUCUUGUGGUGCGUUUGCUAAGGGACUGAGCAAACUCUCCAGCCCCCUUUUUCCUUGACCUGCCCAGCUUGGACCGGAAGUACCAGGAGCCUGAGUUCUCCUACCCCAAGCCUAAACCUCCUCACUGCCCUUUUGGCUCCCAGGGACAGAGGAGCCAGAGACUGUUAUCUGCACCAGCCUCUUGGGUUGCUGACUUUUUUGCAGACUCAUUGGAGCUUCCAGAACCCAGAAUAAAGUGAAUCACUUUCUUGUUUCA